AUGGACUCUGAUAGUGGAAAAAAACUUCUCAGCGAAAAGAAGGUAGCGGAAGACAACGUCAAAGAUAAACAGGGUAGAAAUGAUGUGAUGAGAUUAACAGUUCCUGUAAGAGAUGGCAUAGUUCUGGCCCAAUUCAGACAGGAGCAUAAUCUGGCUGUCAGUAAUCAUGUGUUUCCUCUCAGCGACUCUGUUUAUCAGACGCUGAUGAUGAGCAUAAUGGCUAAGCCAAUAAAAAGUCUUGAAUUGCAUUAUCCAAUGAAAAAACCUCUAUAUUUGAAGAAUGUUUGUACGCCUGGAAGGACCACAAUACAGAUAUCAGUUACAGCUUGCUGCUGUUCCCACGUCUUCGUCUUUCAGUUGGUCCACAGACCCUCAGUCAGCUCCGUUUUACAGAGCUUGUUACGUAAAAGACUUCUUCCGGCAGAACAUUUAAUCCACAGAGUUAAAAGAAAUUUCCCGUUAAGUUCAUGUACUGCUGGCGGUACAGAUGACAGCGUGGAACAAAAAGCUAUCAAAGUAUCACUUACAUGUUCCAUCACAUUCAGAAGAAUAACGUUACCAGUCAGAGGCCAUGAUUGUAAACAUAUUCAGUGCUUCGACUUAGAAUCUUACUUAGAUCUCAACUCCAAAAGAGAGAGUUGGAAAUGUCCGGUGUGUAGCGAAACUGCACCUGUUGUGGGACUUGAAGUGGAUCCGUUCAUUUGGUGCAUCCUUACAACCUCCGGGUGGUUGCUAUAG